UAAAUAAAAAAACUACGCGCGAGCACAACACACUACAUCGUGCACGCGACUGCAACUCCAAAAUCAAGAUGGCUGCCCACAGUGCUGUACUCUCUAUGUCAAAAAUUAUGAAUCCUUUCUGGGGUCGACGUAUCGGAAAUACAAUUAAAGUGUUUCAAACUGCCGUGAUCAGUCAGAGGAACAAGGGCUCGCUGACUAGUGAAAACAUUCCCCCUCCUGCAAAGUAUGGAGGCCGACACACUGUGACUCUCAUACCCGGAGAUGGAAUUGGUCCAGAGCUGCUCAGUCAUGUCAGAGAAGUUUUCAGGUUCAGCUGUGUGCCUGUGGAUUUUGAGGUGGUGCAUGUCAAUUCUGCUGAAGAGACUGAGAAUGACAUCAACAAUGCCAUCACUGCAAUCCGCCGUAAUGGAGUUGCCCUCAAGGGUAACAUAGAAACUAAUCACAGCAUGGCGCCAUCUGUUAAAUCCAGAAAUAAUCUCCUUCGCACAAGCUUGGAUCUGUUUGCUAAUGUGAUGCACUGCCAGUCCCUCCCUGGAGUUCAGACUCGUCACAAGAACAUUGACAUCAUGAUCAUCAGGGAGAACACUGAGGGUGAAUACAGCAGCCUGGAGCAUGAGAGCGUAUCAGGGGUAGUAGAGAGUCUCAAGAUCAUCACAAGGAACAAUUCUCUUAGAAUCGCUGAAUAUGCGUUUAAACUGGCCAGAGAAAAAGGUCGGCAACGGGUAACCGCUGUACACAAGGCCAACAUCAUGAAGCUUGGUGAUGGCUUGUUCCUGCAGUGUUGCAGGGAGGUGGCCUCUGGUUACCCGGACAUCACAUUUGACAGCAUGAUCGUGGACAACACCACCAUGCAGUUGGUGUCCAAACCCCAUCAGUUCGAUGUGAUGGUUAUGCCUAAUCUGUAUGGGAAUGUGGUGAGCAACGUGUGUGCCGGCCUGGUGGGAGGGCCUGGCCUUGUGCCUGGGGCUAAUUAUGGUCGGGAUUAUGCCGUCUUUGAAACAGCUACGAGGAACACUGGGAAGAGCAUUGCAAACAGGAACAUUGCUAACCCCACUGCCAUGCUCCUGGCUAGCUGCAUGAUGCUUGACCAUCUGAAACUGUAUGACUAUGCAAGUUUGAUCCGUAAUGCAGUCCUCACCACCAUGAAUGAAACCAGGUUACAUACAGCAGAUAUUGGGGGUCAGGGCACCACAUCAGAGGUGGUGCAGUCUGUCAUGAGGAUCAUCCAGAGUAAAGGCCAGCUCACAGCAGAGCUCUAAACUGCUGAGGUCACAACACAUGCACACGAUCAUACUUGUGGGUUCUGCAGUGUAACAGAGGGUGUUCAUAUCUAUUAAUUACAAUGGUUCAUUUUUUGUUGUUUUGUGUGCGCACAGCUUUCUGACCACCUUACUCUACAGUUGUGUAAGGGGGUACAUUCAUAUUAUACUGUUUCUUAUGGGGGUUUAUUUGUUCUCUCAUACAGUUCUAAAACAUAAAAGGCCCUGUUUACUGACUCUGACCUCUUACUAAGUUACAGGCUCUUAACUUAAUGUGCAAUGUUCUUUUAAAGCCUUAACGUUUCUGUAAUUGUGUCAAAUGACAUCAUAUAUACUGUAAUGUCUAGUACCAUCACAUCAUAUUAACUGUACUUUAAAAAGGUUUGCUGCAUUUUUCAUUCAUACUGUUUUGUGGGCAAUGCAAAUCAAGUAACUGGUUUAAAAUAUAUAUUUUGAGUUAUGCUUGGGCUGAUUGUUAGUUUUGUCAUACAAUAUAUAUUAAAAUAUACUGUUGUCUUAA